GGCCGCGCCUUGUUUGUUCCGGCGCCGCGUGGUCAGGGCCGCCGCCGCAGCGGGAGCCGGAGCCGGGGGCGGCGGGGCCCGGCCUCUCCCUCCCCGCCAUGUGGUUCAUCUACGCCCUGAGCUGGUUCUCCCUCCUCAUCCAGGUGGCCUUCGUCACCCUGGCCAUCGCUGCUGGGCUGUAUUACCUGGCGGAGCUGAUCGAGGAAUACACGGUUGUCACCAGGAGGAUAAUCAAAUACAUGAUCUGGUUCUCCUCGGCCGUGCUGGUCGGCCUCUACCUCUUCGAACAUUUUCCUGGUUUCAUGGUGGGUGUGGGGCUCUUCACCAACCUGGUCUACUUUGGUUUGCUGCAGACCUUCCCCUUCAUCGUCCUGACGUCCUCCAAUUUCAUCCUGUCCUGCGUGCUGGUUAUAUUCAAUCACUACUUAGCGUUCCAGUACUUCGCCGAGGAGUAUUACCUGUUCUCUGAGGUUCUCGCCUACUUCACGUUCUGCCUGUGGUUAAUUCCUUUCGCGUUUUUCGUCUCUUUGUCGGCUGGAGAGAACGUCCUGCCUUCCACGGUGCAGCCUGGAGACGACGUGGUCUCCAACUACUUCACCAAGGGGAAGAGGGGCAAACGCUCCGGCAUCCUCCUCAUCUUCUCUUUCAUCAAGGAGGCCAUCCUGCCCAGCCGACAGAAGAUUUACUGAGCCCUGGAUGCAGCCGGCCUCGGCUGCGGUGAAGGAGCAAGGCAGACCCAAACUGUGCAGAGGGCUGCGAGGCAGCACUGUCCCAGGUCUCGCUCGGACCCUCCUCGAUGCCUCCAGAAGGGAUUUUGCUGGGAAUGAAUAAACUGGGCGAUGGCUGGAGGUGCCAGCGGCGCUGGACAGACAGACGGGGAGGCCUCGCACCUUUUUAUACAGCUCUGCUGAUCCCCCGGGACUGUGCGCAAGGAGGAUGUUUGGCCCUGGCCGAGCGCGAGGGGGGUCCGGCCCCCCGGCGCUGCCCACCCCGCUCGGGGACCCGGGACAUGCUGUCAUCUGCCGGGGUUUAAAGCCAGGAGUUUGUGUAGUUUGGCUGUGGGGGAACGGUUCCCUCGGUGCGGCAGCAGAAUGCGCUUAACGUUUAACUGAGGUUUACGCAGAGCCAUUAAUUAGAAAAAAAAAAAGGAAAAUAAAGUAAUCAAACUGUCAAACCACGGCGUGGCCCGCUGGGAGCCGGCCAGCGCUGGAGGAUGCCCCGCGUCGGGAGGGGAGCGCGGGGGCGGGCGCCUCUCCCUGCGCCCCGCAGCUGCGGGGAGGUGACCUGGAAGGACUCGACGUCGCUUUUUGUUUGAUUCCAAUGUUGGAAAUACCGUUUUCACUCUCCCCUGGUUUUGUGGGAAGCCUCCCCGCGUGGCAGGGACGCCGCGGCGGUGCUGGCCGGUCGGGUGAGGCCCCGGCAAGCUGUUUCACAGAGCGCGAUUCUCCGCGCCGUGUGAGGGGGGCGAGGCGCUGAGCGAGUCGCCUCGGCUUCCCUUGGGUGUCUGCUCAGUGUUCCCUGGGCUGCUAACCUCGCCGGGCCUCCCCUCUGUCCUAAAGGGAAAGGAAAAAAGGAUCAUACUGAGGAGGAGGUGAUCCCUUUGUUCUUGUAAUCAUAAAAACCCCCUUUUUUUUUUUGCCUAACUGUUGGUCACUUUCAGCCUGUGCUCGAUCCGCCUGUGCUAGCCAGGAGCCGGGGCUGCGUGCGGCUCUAGCGCAGGGACGCCCCAGCUCAGCUGCGCAAUUUCACGGUUCGGGAAGGCUUUUUGGGGAGUUUCGGAAGGAAAAUGGCUCAUUUUGCGGCCAGUUCUGAAGGCGAAGGUGAUGCACGUGGUCCCGCCGCUCCCCUCCCUGCCCCUGGGUUUGUUCAGGGGCCGCUAACACGGGUUUUGAUGCUGGUUUAAUAGAAAUGUGGUUUCUGUUGGAGGGCUGCUCGUCUAAUAAAGGCUACGGAUGAAGCUUGCCUUAUUAGA